AUGGCAGGAAAUAAAAAAGAAAACCACCAAGUAGAAUUUUAUUCGAGCGUGAUAAAAUGGAAAGGGAAAUGCGCAGAAAGAAAAAAUGAAAAACCGAGUGAUAAAAACCCUAAAGCUUGGCUUGACCACUUUAACGAGGUAGUAAAAGAUGAUCUAAAAGACUUAAAAGACAGCACAUUAUUUAACAUAAAAAGAAGCCUACUACUUAAUAAACUACAAUCCAAGAAUAAAAAUUCUGAUUUAGUGCUACAUAAUCCCUUCGAUUUUAAUUUGAAAAGAAUUCAGCAAGGCAGUAAAAAAAAUUAUCAUUCUUAUGUGCGAAGGGGAAUUUCAUCUACCGAUGAAGCAGCGCGAAAAGAAAAAAUAAAAAAAAAUUUCGAUGAUUUUGCAUGGGAUAACAAUUUGAAAAAGUAUGUUCAAUUGACAAAAUCAGGAGGAAAGAAGGGAAAGAUGGAAAAGGAGAAAGAGAAAGAGGAGAUGAUGAAGGAAAAGAAUACUUUGAAGGGAAAAGGGCUGAUAUAUGGGAAUAGCGCCCCCAGAAGUAAUUCUUGCGUACGAUUGCACGAACAUAGAGGAUGGAUAAAGUCUCAAGUAAGAAAUGAAACAUUCCAGAAAAAAUAUACUACUUUUAGUGGAGAAGUUGCUUCAUCGUCAUAUCACCCGAGGAAUGCAGUUGAGUCAUCCCCCCUUCUUUCAACAGAAGAGCCUAGAGCUCGAUCGAAUAUGCACCCUCAUAAUCAUCGAAACCAUCACCCAAGUGUCUAUUCAAGAGAGUACCAAAGAGACUACCAAACUGCUUACCCAGAAGUAUACCCAACUUCCAAUCCAAAUGUUUAUCCAAACAUAUCAUCAAAAUCUUACCCGAAUGGGCCACUAUACCCCAACCGAAGCAUAUCAACAUAUCCUAACCCUAAUCCAUACCCACAUGCUUACCCAAAUGUGUACAAAAAUGAGUGUCCAAGAGUAGAUUCUUAUUCCCACCAAAGCGUAGAUACACAUACCUAUCCAAACCACGACACAUGUCAAAGAGUCCACCCUUGUGGUGUCCCAAAUGCAGACUCCAAUGACUCCCCUAUGGAUCCUACAUGUACCGCCCAGAACCCAUACACAUCUACUAGUUUACCUUUCCUAAAUAGAAACAGAACUCAUAGCAGUAGAACUGAGGGUACAAAACAAAUAACAAAACAUCUAAAAACAAUAAUCUUAGAACACUCUCGCUUCAUAAGAAUGGAAACGAUGAAAAAGGAACAUGAAAAAAAUAUCAUAAUGAUAGAAGAUGAAAAAAGUGGAAAGGCUAAAAUUGUUACUAAUAAAAAAAUAGAAAUAGGUGAGGUAAUUUUUAUAGAAGAGUGCAUAAUAGAAACGUCCAUUCUUUUAGAACAGUUAUGGAAUACAUACUCUUCAUUGAGUGAUGAGCACAAAAGAAAGUUGGAUAAAAUUAGUGAAUUUAUGAAUCUGGGUAGGCAAAAAGGAACGAGAAAAAUGACAAGAGGGAAAACAGAAAAAACAACGACGACAAUAAGAAAAAUAAAAGAAAAUGAACAAGAUGCCAAAGAGGAAAGUCAGAAUAAUAGUCCACAUCAUAUUAUUUCUUACUGCCAAAGUGAAGAAAACAUACGUAGUCAUUUGACCGAUGGAAAUGUUAUAGGUGCACAGGAAGCAGAGGAAUCAGAGGAAGCGGUGCAUAUGUGGUCAAAUAGUGGAAAUUUCACAGCAGGAAAAGAUAAGCUAAAAGGAAGGACAUAUUAUUACUAUAGGAAGGAAGAAGAAGAAGAAGAAGAAGAAGAAGAGAAAAAAGAUCCAACGAGUGACAAACUUGUUUACGACUUAAUGAAAUUCGAAACUUUUACAAAUAUAUUAAAAAAAUCAUUUAUUUCUCCUAAAGAUAAAACUAAAAUUAUGCUAUUUGAAUAUUCGUCCUUUAUAAAACAUAGCUGUUUUCCCAAUGCUAGUUAUUCGUACAUAGACAAUCACAAAAUUUGUUUCAUUGCCAUGAGGACAAUAAACAGGUAUGAGGAAAUAACAAUUUCGUUAAUAAAUGAAUUGUAUGCCCCUAUCUCCUAUAGAAGAAGUAAAUUAAAAGAACUUAAAAAAAUCAUUUGCUUGUGUAAUCGAUGCUCGCAAAUAAUUGAUGAAGGAAGAAGUAUGUUGUGUUAUGUGUGUAAAUAUUCCUAUGUUAGAGAUAGAGUCAUUGGUGGGUAUGUAGAUGACAAGAAUAACCAAGAGAUUCAGAAAAUGACACAUGAAAGUAAUUAUCAUCAUCCUCCAACUCGCGUUGGAACCUUACAAGGAGACGUAUACUCAAAUGAGGAAUCCUUUCUGGAAAGAUAUAAUGAUUUUAAUGUCCUGGGGGACACAAAUCUUGGAGAAAAUUGCAGCGAAGCAAGUAAUCCAUUAGUCACUUGGACAUACAGAAAUUCCCCACUAGACAUUAUUAAUAAUAGGACGAAGAGUGUAAACAUACACAACAAAGAGGAGGGGGAUAUGAAAAUCAGAAAUGAUAAGAUGACUGAAGGAAUAAGAGAUUUUUCCUCAUUUCAUUGCAACUCUAAAGGUGAAGUUGGUAGGGAAGAAUACCAAAGUGAACUAAGAAAUAAACAUAUUAAUAUGCAUAAUGAAGAAAUUAAAAUCCCCCAUAUAACACAUCCCUCUGAUUAUUCUCCUUCUAUGAAUGAAGAAAAGAUUUAUUAUGAACCAAGUUUACAAAGAGAAGAUGUCAAUAAUUUGUCAUAUCUUUGCGGUUUAAAUAGUAAAGGGUGUUUAAGAUGGUAUUAUGCGGGUAGAUCCGAGGAAAUGGAUGGACCUAGGGGUGUUCCAUUUUCUAUAAAUAAUAAAGGAAGUAAAACAAAUGAUAGUAUUAAAAGGAAUAUAAGAAAUGUAAGUAGUUUGGUAGAUUCACACUUGGGAAAUACUUCAAGCAAUUCCAUAAAGAAAACAUUGUCUGGAUGUAAUAAAAACGAAAUAUCAAAUGAAUUAUUAUUAGCACCCAUGACAGACACAAAAGAUAUGAAUAAAGAACAUCUGGAACGAUUUAACAUGCUAAAUUUUGAAAAAGAUAUAAAUAUACCUAACAUUUUAAUAGAUAUUUUGGAUAUGCAAAAUAAGAGAGAAAAAAUUGGGUAUUGUAAAUUUUAUAAUAAUGAAGGGGUAUUUAUUUGUGAUACUUGCAAUGAAAUCAUUUCUUCCCAUACUUUGCCGUUAGAAAGUGAAAAAUAUUUUAUAAAUGAAUAUAAAAUUAUUAAAGACAAUAUUAGAAGGAACACAUUCAAUACUGAUUAUAUUAUAAAUAAAAUUGAAAAAUCUCUUCUAUAUAUUAUUGCUAUUUUAGGGGAAAGACAUUGGUUAUAUGCAGCAUUCAAUUACUUAAUAGCAGAUUUAUGUUUUUCCAUUUAUUGUUACAAUUCGACUAUGACAAAGAGAAAAAUAUAUCUUUCAAAAGGAUUUAUUUCCUUUAAACAAUUUUUACAUUUUAUUCAAACAAAAUGUCCACACUCAAUUCAUACUGAUUUAGUUCCCCUUGUCUUAAAAUUUUUUAUAGUGUGCAUUUAUACAUAUGAUUAUAAGACAUUUUUUGAAUUUUCAAAAUCAGGAUAUCUGGAAUUAAUAAGACAAAAAUAUGGACCCUGGGAUGUGACUUACAUAUGUAUUUUCCUCUCAUUUAAAAUGUGUUAUGCUCAUGUUACAGGCAUCCUUCCAGUUUGCAGAGAAAUCCUCUUGGCUCUUGUUCACUUGGCCAAAGGCAACCUUCUUGAGGAUCAUUCUCUCUGA